AUGAAUUUUGUCUACAAUCAUAAAAUCCACAUGGAGAUGGAGGCUGCUGAUCCAGGUUUUAAUCAUAUGGAGAUGUCAGCAGCUGCAGGUAGCCUGAGAAUGUCUGGUCACCGUCAGCGCUCGGUGAAGAGGAGGAGGUGGGGAGGUUUGAGGCAGCAGUGGAAGCUUCUGGGCUUGUUUGAGAUCGAUCAGCAGCACGAGUUCUACAGCCUGACCUGCAUGAUGAAGGAGGGAUUGGCAGCAGCCACCCAAAACACCACUGACAAUGCACCUACAAAUGAGCUGUCAGAUGAUGAUUUCAGAUUAAAGGUCACUCAGAUUCAUAAGGAUUUUACAAUGGAGACGUUUGCAGGCCCGGUGUUUUCCAGUCUGCGUGGAUUUUUAGGAAUGACAGAGCAGGAAUAUCAGCAGUCUCUCUGCUCUGAAAACUGCUACCUCCAGUUCAUUAGCAACUCCAAGAGCAAGGCCGACUUCUUCCUGACAAAUGAUAAACGCUUCUUUUUGAAGACCCAGAACAAAAGGGAAAUCAAAUUCCUCCUGUCCAACCUGAAGAUCUACAUGGAACAUCUGAGGAAAUACCCCCAUUCGUUGCUGGUCAAGUUCCUAGGUGUUCACAGGAUCAAAAUCCCACACAGGCGGAAGAAAUACUUCAUUGUUAUGCAAAGUGUGUUUUAUCCUGAUGAUCGAAUCGUUGCCAGGUAUGACAUUAAGGGCUGUGAGGUGAGUCGUUGGACGGAGCCUGCACCAGAGGGGAGCCAGAUUAUUGUGGUUCUCAAAGACCUCAACUUUGAAGGCCAGUUCAUCACUCUGGACCAGCAGCGUCCCUGGCUCCUGCGGCAGGUGGAGAUCGACACGCACUUCCUCCGGAGGCUCAACGUGUUGGACUACAGUCUCCUCGUGGCCCAUCAGCCCUUACACCACGAUGAACGCCACCAGAGUCUCUCCUUCGCUACUCUCAUUAUGAGAACCAAAAAGUCAGGUGACACAGCUGAGCUUCCAGACUUCCAAGCCCAAAACCGACGUUUACUACCCAACUUAAAGAAUCCUCUGCAUGUCAUUGAUGGGCCUGAGCAGCGCUACUUCAUCGGCAUCAUUGACAUUUUUACAGUUUACAGUUUUAAGAAGAGGCUGGAGCAUUUGUGGAAGAGGCUGAGACAUCCAGGCCGAUCCUUCUCUACCGUCAGUCCACAGACUUACUGUCUCAGGCUAUGUCACUGGGUACAGGACCAUACUAAGUAG